AUGGGUGUCUACACAUACAAUGAAUAUGUAUUCAACAAAGCAAUGCAGAAGAUACAUGAGUACAAUCCUAAGGCUGUUGAAUAUUUACAUAGAUGCACUGAGAUCUGGUCUAGAUAUAAGUUUGAUCCUACAGUGUGUUGUGAUCAUAACACAACAAAUUUUGUAGAAUCUUUCAACUCAUGCACAAAGCCCUACAAGGGUAUACCUGUUUUAAAACUACUUGAAGCUAUAAGGCAGUGGGUAAUGAAGAGGAUUGACUCAAAGUUUGACAAGGCUAUAGGCAAGGAGGAUAUGGAGCUAACUGAAUAUGCAGCAAAGAUUUUGCAAACAAGAUCAUAUGAGUCUAGGUUGUGCUAUGAAACCCCAUGUCGCGGUGAUGGGUUUGAGGUGAGAGACCAACAUGUGCAUUUUCCCAUCAAGCUGAACACUGACACUUGUGGUUGUGGGAAGUGGCAGCAUUUAGGGAUCCCGUGCAAACAUGUACUAAGGGUUAUUUACCACUAG